CGACACAAGUUCAUAGUGGAUCAAAUCAGCUUAUGCGCGUAGGUUUGUAAUGUAACGACGAUUGUAAUACCUUUUCUUUAUAUAAACUAAAAUGCAGGAUUCAAUUCAACUUUGUGCCCGGGCAAUGUUACUCACCACGAAUACCUCCAGGUUACUAGACUCUCUCUCGCUGGUUGGCAAGGGACGUGAUGUUGGACUCAAUCAGAUUGCUUUGUUUGAGGGGAAAGUUGCAGGUGGUAACGGGGAACAAGUCCUUAGUAGAGAUGUCUACAGGCUUGGUCAGCUUUUUGAUUUCUUCAGAAUGCUAUCGUUCUACUUCACAACUGUGGGAUACUACUUUUGUACCAUGAUAUUUCUUGCUAAAGAUACUGCUAUUGAGGGUAAAGAGCCCAGACUUUCGCAAGAGGAGCUAUGGGACAGGAUUUUAAGGGACGAAUACAUGAAAUAUGCUGUUCAAGAGUGUUAUUAUACCCUCAAGUUAGUCCUCACAUCUGUGUUGGAUACUGAGGGUAAGAAGUGGGUUGAGAGAGUAUAUGACGAGAUUCAGAGAAGCAUAGCUAAUAGGAGCAUACUUGUUGAUAUUGAAUUGAAUAAGCUACCACUAAGGAUUCAGAAGUUACUGCACUGUUGGGAAUACUGGAAGCUAGACACAAUGAUAAUGGGCGGGCGCCUCAUUCAGCUUGGAGAAAUUAUGAUGAUUUCAACGAGUACUUUUGGUCACUUAAUUGCUUUGAACUUAGUCGGCCAUGGAGAAUAACUUCACCCUUCUUUCUGAAGCCGACACCAAGAUCAAAGAUAUUUUGCAUUUUGGCAUGCUGUUUUGGGAGGCAAAUUUAGUUUUGCUUAUUUUCUACUAGUAAGUUUCAAGUAAUGUUUCAUUAUGCUUUUGUGGUAGUAAGUUUAUAUCAUGCUAUAUGUGACAAUGCUUUAGAUUAAGCCCUUGGUGAGUCCCACAAGGUUUGUGGUUGGAAUGGAUAUUCAGCAGUACUCGUGGCAUGAUUUUGUUUCCAAAAGUAAGAUACUCUUGCCCCAAGCUCUCUGUUUGAUUUAUUGUAGACUCAAAAAUUAAUGUUAUUGGAGAAAAACAAACUUUUCAAUUUUGCACAUAGAAAGUGAACUAGAAAUAAAAAAAGUGGUUUUUG